UACUGGUUGAGUCAAAUGCCUCUGGUGUGAACCUUGACUUUUUGCUCCUGAUCCAUAAGGCCUGUACGCGCCUCUGCUUCAACGAGAGCUUUAUUUUGAAAGUAAUAAUCGUCGGUGUUCCGGUGUAUCUGGGUAAGCUUGACGCUAUCUGUGACGCAGGCGUGUGUUGGUCCAGUCGCCGGUGAACAGGGAGCGACACACCGCCGCAAAGCAGCUGGACUUUCUCUGUCCCGGCAGAGGAACACAGGAGCGGGGACACAUCGUCUCCUGUGGGCAACUGUCGAUUCGUCGUGUCUGUGAGAGAAUUAUUUGACCUGACCAUGACUUCUGUGUGGAAGCGGCUCCAGCGGGUCGGAAAGAAAGCGUCCAAGUUCCAAUUUGCUGCUUCUUUUCAAGAGAUGAUGAUAGAAUGUACCGAUAAAUGGCAACCUGACAAACUGCGGGUGGUGUGGAUCAGGAGGAACAGACGUCACAGCACCAAGCUCCACAGUUGGCAACCAGGGAUUAAGAACCCCUACAGAGGCCUGGUGGUUUGGCAGGUUCCAGAGAGCUUAGACAUCACUGUCACACUCUUCAAGGAACCUACUGCUGAGGAGUUUGAAGACAAGGAUUGGACUUUUGUCAUUGAAAAUGAGACAAAAGGCCGCAGGAAGGUGUUGGCAUCAGCUGAGGUCAAUAUGAAGAAGUAUGCCAGUGCCACGCUGGCCCAGUAUGAUGUAACACUAAAGCUCAAACCACUGUCUGUAAAAGUGGUGGAAGCCACACUGAAACUGAACUUGUCCUGUAUCUUUCUCAAAGAGGGGGAAGGCCACAGACGAGGACAUGCAGAGUUUGGCCAGUCUAAUGAGUAUGAAACAGAGUGA